UUGAACAUGAGCACCCAGCCACACACUGUGACCAAGGUAGAGAUCCCCAGCCAUGUUCUUUACACUGUAGGAACGUGUGUGCUCAUUAUUGGCUCCGUUGGCAUCAUCGGAAAUCUCCUAGUUCUCUACGCAUUUUUCAGCAACAAGAAGCUGAGGACACCCCAAAACUACUUUAUAAUGAAUUUAGCUGUGAGUGACUUCCUGAUGUCGGCUUCUCAGGCACCUAUGUGUUUUGUCAACAGCUUGCACAGAGAGUGGAUACUUGGAGAUAUAGGCUGUGACUUGUAUGCUUUCUGUGGGGCACUCUUUGGAAUAACUUCAAUGAUGACUUUAUUGGCUAUCUCUGUGGACCGGUACCUCGUGAUCACUCAGCCCCUGCGGUCCGUACGGUGGACUUCAAAGAAACGCACCGUGCAGAUCAUUGCCGUCGUGUGGCUGUACUCACUGGGCUGGAGCGUGGCUCCGCUCUUCGGCUGGAGUUCCUAUGUGCCUGAAGGCUUGAUGAUAUCCUGUACAUGGGACUAUGUAACCUACUCCCCUGCAAACAGAAGUUACACAAUGAUUUUAUGUUGUUGUGUGUUUUUUAUUCCCCUGAUAAUAAUAUUCCAUUGCUAUUUAUCUAUGUUCCUGGCCAUAAGACGUACUGGCAGGUAAGCAAUGUAGUUGGGGUCCUGCAACCGGAAAUCCUACCUCUCCCAGUCCAUGAGGAAUGAGUGGAAACUGGCAAAAAUUGCAUUUGUUGUCAUCAUUGUGUUUGUCUUGUCCUGGUCUCCAUAUGCUUGUGUCACCUUGAUUGCCUGGGCAGGUCGAGGCAACACCCUAACACCAUAUUCCAAAUCUGUGCCAGCAGUUAUUGCCAAAGCUUCUGCAAUCUACAACCCCAUCAUAUAUGCAAUAAUUCACCCAAGAUACAGAAAAACUAUCCACAAUGCUGUUCCCUGCUUGAGGUUUCUAAUACGAAUAUCGAAGAAUGACCUCCUAAGAGGCUCCAUAAAUGAGUCAUCAUUCAGGAACUCUCUCUCCAGCCACCAGUCUCUUGCUGUCAGGACCAAGAGCACUUGUGUUUCAUCCAUUUCCAUUGGAGAAGCUGCCUGGAGUGAUGUAGAGCUUGACCCUGUAGAGCCAGCUCAUGAGAAACUGAAGCCUCACCGAAGUCAUUCUCUCUCAACAAGUCUGAGACAAGAGAAGAGAGACCUGCUCCCAGAGACCUGCAGCUGCAAUGCAGCAACUGCAGAAAAGGGUGUGCUCUCCUCCAGCUGUUUGGUGAAGGUGAUUGAGCAGCCAGUCCUACACAGCUCCCCUGCAGCACUUGUGACCAGCUCCCUAAGAGCAGCUUCUCUACCUGUUGGUUUGAAUAGCAGUGGUGUCAGCAGAGAAGAAUCAAUUACUUCACAGAUGGCAAGUCAAGAAAGUAAAGUUAAUGGAGCCCUGGACUCUAUCGUUAGCAAUGCAGUCCCUCGCAUCAUCAUCAUUCCCACCUCAGAGACCAACCUAUUUCAGGAGGAACUGGAAGAGGAAGAGACUCAAUUAUUCCACUUUCAUGACAAAAAGGGCAAUCUGCUGGACUUGGAAGGGCUUAGCUCAUCCAUGGAAUUCCUUGAAGCUGUUGAGAAAUUUCUAUCAUAA